CGCAGGCGCGAGGUGACGCCGCGGCAGGGCCGGAAGGAGCGCAGCUGGGGCCUCGGCGGCGGCGGCGGCGGCGGCGGCGGCGGAGCUGUCGGCCGCGGCUUCUGGACACUAAAAGCCCCGGCGACGGAAGGCGACGGACGCCGCCAAGCCCCCCUGGCGAGCCGGAGAGUUGAGCGGCGAAGCUUUUGGGACGGACGGUCACCAUGUUUAGGUAUUAGCAAGCACACGCGUGUGCGCCCGCACUUGGAAAUGGCAGAGGGAAAUAACAGUGAAGAAGUGAUUCACUUGAACAACUUCCACUGCCACCAGGGGCAAGACUGGAUCAAUCUCAGAGAUGGACCCAUCACCAUAUCUGACGACUCUGAUGAGGACGGAGUUCCCAUGAUGAUCACCCCGGCUCCUCAGCAGCAGGACGAAGAGGACCUGGAUGAUGAUGUCAUCCUGACGGAAACAAGUAAACCUCAGACAUCACGACCCAAUCUCAUCAAACCAGCUGCCCAGUGGCAAGAUCUCAAAAGUUUGGGAGAAGAAAGGCCUAAAAAGUCUAGAGCAGCUUUUGAAUCAAAUAAGAACAACUAUUUUUCAGUGUGUAACAGCUCAUUGUUUGGUUCUGGGACACAGGGUGAUUCUGAGGAUGACUACGGAGAAUUUCUGAAUCUUGGGGCUCCCGGAGUUUCCGAAUUCAUGAAGCCUAGUGGCCAAAUGGAAAGGGAACCCAAGCCUGGACCAAGUCAUAACCAGGCCGCAAGCGAUGGUGUCAACCCCGGAUCGGGGCCAGAAGUCUUUAUCUGGAGGAAAGGCGGCCUCCUCAUCCCAGACAGCGACCCCUUGGACCCCCAGAACCAGUCGUCGGAGUCCUCGGAAGACUCGGAGUCGGACCUGCUGUCCAACCUCGGGGAGUCGGCGGCCGUCCUGGACGAGCAGGCCAUCGAAGAAGACUGCUGGCUGGACCACCCUUACCUGCAGCCCCUGAACCCGCAGCCCCGCGAGGUCGCAAACCAGGUGGUCCCUCAGGAGCGGCAGCUGGGCCCGGAACUGGGCCCACUGUUCUUUCAGCACGAGCCCCUCGGGCUGGCGUUCCCAAGGCCCGCUUUUCCCAGACCGGCGCCCCAGCAGGAUGGGAUCCCGGGCCCCUCUUCUCCGCAGCCUGCCCACCCCCUCGGAGAGCUGGAGGACCAACAGUUAGCCAUAGAUGGCGACGAGCCAGGCCCAGCCUUUCCGCUGCAGGGAUCUCAGGAGCCCAGUUUGGAAAACCUUUGGGGACAGGAAGCUUCCGAGGUCGACCAAGAAGCCGUUGCACUGUUAGUGAAAGAAACAGAAAUAAGAUUUCCAGAUGUAGCAACUGGGUAUAUUGAGGAAAUCAUUCAUUUGAAGAAUUACUAUGAUUUGAAUGUAAUUUGUAAUUUUCUUCUGGAAAACCCCGAUUAUCCAAAGAGAGAGGACCGGGUGAUGAUCAACCCCAGCAGCAGCCUGCUCGCCAGCCAGGACGAGACGAAGUUGCCCGAGGUAGAUUUUUUUGACUAUUCCAAACUGGCUCCUCUCGACCAGCCCUGCUUCAUCCAAGCUGCUGACCUCCUGAUGGCCGACUUCAAAAUGCUCAGCAGUCAGGACAUCAAGUGGGCCCUGCAUGAGCUCAAAGGACACUAUGCAAUCACCCGAAAGGCCUUUUCUGAUGCCAUUAAAAAAUGGCAGGAGCUAUCUCCAGAAACCAGUGGAAAAAGGAAAAAGAGAAAAGAAAUGAAUCAGUAUUCUUACAUAGAUUUCAAGUUUGAACAAGGCGACAUAAAAAUAGAAAGGAGGAUGUUCUUUCUGGAAAAUAAGCGGCGACACUGCAGGUCCUAUGACCGGCGUGCCCUCCUUCCAGCUGUGCGGCAGGAGCAGGAGUUCUAUGAGCAGAAAGUCAAAGAGAUGGCCGAGCACGAAGACUUCCUGCUUGCGCUGCAGAUGAACGAAGAGCAGUAUCAAAAGGACGGCCAGCUGAUCGAGUGCCGCUGCUGCUACGGGGAGUUUCCGUUCGAGGAGCUGACGCAGUGCGCGGACGCCCACCUGUUCUGCAAGGAGUGUCUCAUCAGAUACGCCCAGGAGGCCGUCUUCGGGUCCGGAAAGUCAGAGCUCAGCUGCAUGGAGGGCAGCUGCACGUGCUCGUUCCCCACCAGCGAGCUGGAGAAGGUGCUUCCCCAGACCGUCCUGUACAAGUACUACGAGCGCAAAGCCGAAGAGGAGGUCGCUGCGGCCUAUGCCGACGAGCUUGUCCGGUGCCCCUCCUGUAGCUUCCCCGCUCUGCUGGACAGCGAUGUGAAGAGGUUCAGCUGCCCCAACCCUCGCUGCCGUAAGGAGACCUGUAGGAAGUGCCAGGGACUCUGGAAAGAGCACAAUGGCCUCACCUGUGAAGAGCUGGCUGAAAAAGAUGACAUCAAGUACCGAACAUCCAUAGAGGAGAAGAUGACGGCCGCGCGCAUCCGGAAGUGCCACAAGUGCGGGACCGGCCUCAUCAAGUCCGAGGGCUGCAACCGCAUGUCCUGCCGCUGCGGGGCCCAGAUGUGCUACCUCUGCCGCGUGUCCAUCAGUGGGUAUGACCACUUCUGCCAGCACCCCCGCUCUCCAGGGGCCCCCUGCCAGGAGUGUUCGCGCUGUUCUCUCUGGACCGACCCCACGGAAGAUGACGAGAAGCUGAUUGAGGACAUCCAGAAGGAGGCCGAAGAGGAACAGAAAAGGAAGAACGGAGAGAACACCUUCAAGCGCAUCGGGCCCCCCCUGGAGAAGCCCCCGGAGAAAGUGCAGAAGGUGGAAACGCUGCCCAGGCCCGUCCCGCAGAACCUGCACCAGCCGCAGAUCCCCCCCUAUGCCUUCGUGCACCCGCCCUUCCCCCUGCCGCCGGUCCGGCCCGUCUUCAACAACUUCCCCCUCAACAUGGGCCCCAUCCCAGCACCCUACGUGCCUCCUCUGCCCAACAUCCGGGUCAACUACGAGUUCGCCCCCGUCCACCUGCCCCUAGAGCACAACCUGCCCAUGCACUUUGGCCCCCAGCCGCGCCAUCGCUUCUGACGCCUGAGCCGUGCCCUUACCGGAGCGCUGUCCCACCCCUAAUAAAGCUGAAGUGACGAACGGU